UGCCGGCAGCCUUGCUCUACCCCUUUGGCACAGAGGAAGGGGACCAAGAGUGCAUCCAGAGGACGGUGGAUUUUAACUCCCCCCUGUUCAAGCCAGAGAUUGGGUUCCCCUUCGGGAAGUCGCUGCGGGAUGUUCUCUACUUUACAGAUAACGGACAGAUCAUUUUCCCACCCACGGACAACUACGUCCCCUCCAACCCCAACCCACCUCCCCGGGGCUUCAGCGGCCAGGAGAGUUUGCCGAUGGUGGCUGCCUUUUGGGAUGACGCAGAUUUCUCCCAGGGUGUCGGCACCACCUGGUACCAGGUCGGGGCCACCAAAGACGUUCUCCUGGGAGAGUCCAGCUCCCAGCUCGCCCAUUUAACCCUCUCUCUUGCCAACCAGCAGGAGUACUCCACCCUCAGCCCUACCCGAGACCCCAUCAUCCAUGACGUGGAAGCAAAGAUUGAGAAAUACCUGAAAACCCCCUACAUAGCAAAAUGGACCUUGAAGGUGACGUGGGAGAAGGCUCCAGCGUACCCAUCCCAGGGGUGCCUUGGGUUUCUCCAGACGAGCACCUACCAGGCGGUCCUCACCACCGAUGGGAACCGUUCCUUUGCCCUGCUGCUCUACCAGGACGGUGGGAUGCGGUGGGACUACGCCAAGCUGGCUGUGGGCAAUGUCCUGAUCGGCUUCUCCAGCGGCGAUGGCUAUGCCCAAAAUAACGAGCUGACUCAAAAGCUACCAGCUGUCAAGUAUCGACCCGACCAGUACACCGGCACCGACACUGAUGUGCGUGGGCUGUGGAUAUACAGGUUGGACAGUCAUUCCCGGGUGAACUACAGGCUGCGGUGCCUGGCAUGGCUGGAUGCUGAGCCAGCUCCAUCGGCCUGGAACAGCCAGCUGCCGCCAUGCCCCUGCUCCGGGCCCCAGGCAGAGCUGGACCUCCGCUACCGCUGGAGCAGAGACGGGGAGCUGGAGGCAUUCGACUGGUGCUGCCGGCGUGUGGGGAAGCCCCUGUUCUGCACCAGGUUUGCUGAGAAGAGACCGAGGGUCGGCUGCGAGGGAUACGUGCCGCCCACCCCUGCUGGUGCCUUCGGGGACCCCCACAUCACCACCCUGGAUGGACUCACUUACACCUUCAAUGGGCUCGGGGACUUUGUCCUGUUGCUGGCCAGUGAUGUCCGGACCAGCUUUGUGCUGCACGGGCGCACGGCCCGGACAGGCACAGCCCAGGCCACCAACUUCGUGGCCUUCGCUGCCCAGUACAUCUCUACCACCACCACGACAGUUGAGUGGACCUUGGGAAGCCAGGGUGACAUCCAAGUCCUCCUGAACAAUGAAACCAUCCAGUUUUCCUAUUCCCAAGACAUGGAUGCCAAGGUGUACUACAGCCCUGGUGUCCUGCUGGUCAACGCCUCCUCUGUCACAGCCGUCUUCAGCGGGGCCAUCGCUGUCUCCAUCUCAGCCACCUCCGGGAUCCUCAGUGUGGUCUGCAGCUUGCCCGAUUGGUACCGCAACAGCACCAAGGGCCUCCUGGGUGUGUGGGACCACGACCCUGCAGAUGACUUCCAGAUGCCAAACGGUACCAGCAUCCCUGUCAACAGCAGCGAGGAGGAGAUCUACAGCUACGGGAUGACCUGGGCUGUUGGAGAGCACAGCGUGUUUGCUCAGCCUCUGGACUCACUGGUCACAAACUUCACACCCAUCUUCUUAUCUUGGCUGCGGCAGGAGAAUGAAAGCCAGUACCAGCUGGCAGCCUCACAGUGCCACGGCAGCAAGGAGUGUAUCUACGAUUCGCUGAGCACAGGGGACGUGGCCCUGGGCCUGUCCACCCAGAGCCUUGCAGCCGACUUCCAGCAGAAGAAGACAGUACUCAGUGCCUUCCCUCCCAUCAUCACCGGUGACGCGUCACUCACAGCCUUCAGGACAGAAAGGGUCAGGAGGCAGUACCGUGCCGUGGGGGUGGGCGCACGCUUUAUCCCCCACCUCUCGCCAGAGCUCAACAUAUCAGAGAGCGGCACCCUGACGUGGGAGCCCCGCGGGACGGCCCCACCCACCAUCAACCUGGAGGCUGUCGGGUCCAACAACCUCUCCGCCCUCCUCCAGCUCCGCUUCACCCUUUGCAGCUGCAGCAGGAGCCAGGAGUGUGACUACAGUGACACCGUCACCCUCGGGGGGUCCUCCCUGCAGCCAGUGUCACCAUCCCCUUCCCAGCUGGCAGCCUGCAGGUGCGAGGGUGGCUACUCGGGUCCCUUCUGCCAGGACCCUCCAGACCCCUGCACCCAGGGAUGCUUCCCUGAUAUCGACGAGUGCGCGCAGGGGACGGCAUGCCCAGGGAAUGCCACCUGCACCAACACAGUGGGCAGCUACGCCUGCUUCUGCACAGCCGGCGAGGAGGAUCUCCCCCGGAGGAGUGUCCGGCUGCAGGUCAGGACACUGCGAAACACCACUGCCGGGGAAGUCAACAGCACCGUCUCAGCCAUCCUGGGCUCCCUGGAGGUGAAGACUUUCCAGAGCAACACCAACAUCACCCAGACGACAGACAGCGAUGGCUUCACCUUCGCGGUGGUGUCCGAGUUUGCCUACGACAGCAGCAGCACCGUCAUCAGGUUCCUGAACGAGGAGCUGCUGGGGGCCAUCAUCGUGACGGUGGCUGAGCUGAGGCACUAUUUCUCCUGCGGUCUGUACGGCUACAAAGGCUACCAGCUCCACUACGCAGGGACCAUCGGCUUCGUCUGCAUCUCCCCUUGCAAGAUGGGCUACUGCCAGCAUGGUGGCCAGUGCCAGCACCUGCCUGAGGGGCCCACAUGCAGCUGCCUCCCCUUCUCCAUCUUCUCCCCCGCCGGCACCCGGUGUGAGCGACUGGCCAUCAGCCUCGCCGCCUUCCUCGGCAUUUUGGUGGGAGCCCUGGCUCUGCUCUGCCUCCUGCUCACCACCGCCUGCCUGGCCUUGCGCCUCUGCCGCCGGCACCGCCACAAGCACCAGGGGUGA